AUGCCGGCGGAGUCCCCAAUUAAGCACUUGAGAGCGAAAACUGAGAGGGCAGGGCCGGCCAUGUCCUUGCCGUCGUCCCCUCCCCCGGAGCAGGACUUGCUGCUAAUCUACUCGUCCUCAUCGGACGACGACAUCGACGACGACCUCGUCGCCGCAACCGACCAAAUCUACGGCGGCGAUGGAGAGCCUCGUCGCCCCUUCGCCGUGCCGCCGGCCCCCGCGGUGGUGUUCGCGCCCUGGUUCGGCAUCGGCGGCGGGCCGGCCCCGGCGCCGGCAGCGUCCAUCGACGCUCUGCCAACGGUGGAGGUGUCGGAGCCCGGCGCCGUCUGCGCCAUCUGCAAGGAGGAGCUCCCCCUCGCGGCGGCCGCGCGGAGGCUCCCAUGUGGUCACCUGUACCACUCCUCCUGCAUCGUGCCGUGGCUGGAGGUGCACAACUCAUGCCCCGUCUGCCGCUCCCGCCUCCCAUCAUACAAGUCGUACAACCCUGCUGCAGAGCCCAGCAGGGACCGGGAGGUGGUGCUGCCACUGCCGUCGUCGGAGCAGGAUCCACCACCCCCUGCUGACUCUGAUGAUCAGCUCCGUGCGCCGCCGGCAGCUAGCUAGUGAGCCUGAAUAUUCUGAUCAGCUCCGUGAGCCUGAAAAUUGGAAAGAUAUGUCCUGUAUGUUGUUGUCAGAGGAUCGGAGUUGUGUUUAAUUACUACCCACCUUGCAAUGCAAAUUAUUAAGUAAGGAAAAAUGUGAUGAAAUAAUGAAGGAAUGCUUCGAUAGAUGCUCAAUCUCCUCGGAUGGAUGGAUGAAGGGAUGCAGGGUGCUUGUCUCAACUUACUCCUUUGAUCCUUGUGUAGCCGAGAAAUUUGCAUAACCACCCCCCAUGCAAUUUGUUAUGGAAUGGAAACAAUGAUGAUGCUUCAAA